CAAAUCUGAAUAAAUCCCAGUUUUGAACAAAAAUCAUACCAUUUGUACCAAAGUAUACAUGUCUUCUAGCCUAAGCCCAUCUUCGACCCCUUUGUGAAGUCGUCACGUCCUUGUGUUCAACUAUGUAUUGAUAUCGGGUCGAAUUUGUUUAUUGCUGUCACAAAUUUUGUUUAGGCUUAUGAGAUUGCAAAACUUACACAUUCAAUUUAACCAUAGUCCAUAUACAUAUAUCAUUAUCUUUACAAGACUACAAAAGUUGCACGGUUUGUAGAGCCUACAAAAACCCAUUGUAUUUGCUGGCUUCCAUCUAUUAUUGUAGGUUUUCUUCUUCUAGACCAAGAGAAUGGUCUUCUAGUGUCACACACACACACACACCACCCCAAACACACUGUUUGAAUUAAAAUCAAUAAAGAAUUAGAAAACCCUUCUUUCACUCUCUUCAGUUUAUCUUUAUCUUCCCCUCUUUCUCUCUCCAUCUUCAAUCGUCAAACCCACAAAGAUUCGUAUAUUUAUGCACAAAGUUUUGAUUUUUAUGGAUCUACAGAUCUAACCCAUCUAAACCCACAUGGGUCUGCUCUAAUCCUGCUCGGAUCUUCCAUCUUUAUUUGAUUUGAUUCAGUAACUCACUAGAUAUCGUACAUUGGAUAUAAACGGAAUUUUGGAACGAAAAUAGUUUGCAACUUGUGUUGAGAUUUAGGGGUUUGUAGGGUUCUUCGCAUCCAAUUGUGGAUGUUGAGAAAUAGGUCGUAAGUUGUUGUGAGAAUUGAGAUGAGGGAUGUUAUCAAAAUUGAUAAAUUUUCUAAAGGCCUGUUGGCGACCAUCAGACCGGUUUUCGUAUGCGGGUUCGGAUGCAACGGGCCGGCAAGAUGGUCUUCUUUGGUAUAAAGACAUUGGUCAGCACUUGGCUGGUGAGUUCUCAAUGGCAGUGGUUCAAGCCAAUAUGUUACUUGAGGAUCAAAGCCAGAUUGAGUCUGGCCCGUUGAGCUUUCUGGAUUCUGGACCGUUUGGAACGUUUGUCGGAGUUUAUGAUGGUCAUGGUGGGCCCGAAACCUCGCGUUAUAUCAAUGAUCACUUGUUUCAGAAUCUCAGAAGGUUUGCUACAGAACAACAGGCGAUGUCGGUGGAGGUUAUACAAAAAGCGUUUCAUGCAACAGAAGAAGGGUUUUUAUCCAUUGUGGCGAGACAAUGGACGGUGAAGCCACAAUUGGCUGCUGUUGGAUCUUGUUGUCUGGUUGGUGUGAUUUGUAAUGGGAUGCUUUACAUCGCGAAUGCUGGUGAUUCGCGUGCUGUUUUGGGGAGGGCGGUUAAGGCUACGGGGGAGGUUAUUGCAAUCCAAUUGUCGACUGAACAUAAUGCGAGCAUAGAGUCGGUUAGGCAAGAACUUCAUAGUUUGCAUCCUGAUGAUCCUCAAAUUGUAGUUUUGAAACAUAACGUGUGGCGCGUGAAGGGCCUCAUACAGAUAUCUAGAUCUAUAGGUGACGUAUACCUCAAAAAAGCAGAAUUUAACAGGGAACCCUUGUAUGCAAAAUUUCGUCUUCGCGACCCUAUUCGAAGGCCGAUACUGAGUGCAGAUCCAUCGAUAUCUAUGCAUGAACUUCAACCAGAAGAUCGGUUUCUCAUAUUAGCAUCUGAUGGUCUUUGGGAGCAUCUUAGCAAUCAAGAAGCUGUCGAUAUAGUGCAAAAUCACCCUAAUAAUGGAAGUGCUAGACGGCUAGUGAAAGCAGCGUUACAAGAGGCGGCAAAGAAGAGAGAAAUGAGGUAUUCAGAUUUAAAGAAAAUCGAAAGGGGAGUAAGACGUCAUUUUCACGAUGACAUCACAGUGAUAGUCGUAUUUCUGGACUCGAAUCUAGUGAGUAAAGCCAGCUCAUGUAGGGGCCCCACUUUGUCGUUAAAAGGGGGUGGUGUCAACCUCCCGGCGAAAACAUUGGCACCAUUAUCAACUUCCACGGGCCUCGCUAGCGCGGCAACCUGAGUUGUCGGUCAGUUUUUAUCAGUCGUUAGUUUUAAUUCUUUGAUGUACAAGGUUACAUGUUAACUCGAACUGUUUGUUAUUUGGUUUCUUGGGAGAUAAAGAACAAAAAUGGUAGAAUCUGAGAAAAGAUAGAAUCUUGAGUUCUAUGUCAUUACCGUGUAAAUGCUGUAAAACCAUGUUAGAAAUUCAGAAUCGUUUUUUCGAUAUGUUGACA